UUUUAAGAAAUCGAGACUGUUUAACGAAAAAAGAAAAAGAAGCCUCGCCCGUAAGUAGGGUUACAACGAAUUCAUUCCGCUCUCUCCCUCCGCAUCUCUCUCGCCCUCGUCUCUCUCGCGCGCCGUUACAAUUUUCACUAGUUCUGUAUGGGGAGGAAAAAGCAGAAGGUAGUGUUGCCACCUGAUCUUCCGCCAGAUGUUGCUGAAGAUGACGUUGAGGUGUCAGAUGAGGAUCUGGCUUUUGUUAAGGAAAAUAUAGAACAUGUUGGCUUUCUCAACACUUUGGAUACACAGUCAAUUACGAGGCAUGUAACUCGUGUUGCUGACGUUAAAGAAGAUGCCCUAGAGUCUUUAUACGAGCAACGAUUGAGAAAGAAGACUUUACUCAAAGAAAAAGAUGAGAAUUUGCUUGAAGUUGAUCCAGUAGAUGCUCUUCCUGUUAAGACCCCGGAUGGAAAGAUUGUUUUCAGGACGGUACCGAAGGUACCAAAAGUUGCAGUUGAUACAGCAACAGAAGGUGAAGCCACUAGCGACAAUGAAGACAAUGUUGCAGAUAAAAGUCUAGUGAGGUUAAGCAAGGCAGAAAAGCGUGCCAAGUUUAAGAAAUUAAGAAAAGAAGCAAAGAAACAAGGAAAGGAGGUGACUGAAAUUGAGGAAGUAAAUGAGACCUCCCAAGCUGAUGUUCUGGAGGAAGUAAAAAAGGACCUUACAGCUGAAGAAGCAAGUGAGAGUAAGAAGUAUAGACUUGCAGAAAUCGGAACGGCACUGCUUACGGAUCCAGAAGCCAAUAUUAAAUCUCUCUCAGAGAUGCUACAAAUUUCUAAAUCCGAGGAUCAUGCUAUAGUGACACUCGGUCUAAAGUCAUUGUUGGCUGUUUUUAAAGACAUUAUUCCUGGCUAUCGUAUCAGGCUGCCUACUGAAAAGGAGCAAGCAAUGGUUGUUUCAAAGGCUGUUAAAAAAAUGCGGUUUUAUGAGUCUACGCUCUUGUCGGUUUACAAGGCAUACCUGCUGAAGCUGUUUUAUUUAGAAGGAAAGCCAGCCUUUCAGCGUGUAGCCAUUCGCUGCAUCUGUAGUUUGUUGGAGGCAGUUCCUCACUUUAACUUCCGUGAGAGGUUGUUAGCAGUUGUCGUCAAGAACAUUAGCUCUGCUGAUGAUGUUGUCAGAAAACUGUGUUGUGCCACUAUUAAGUCACUGUUCAUGAAUGAGGGAAAGCAUGGUGGGGAAGUUACUGUUGAAGCUGUUCGUUCGAUUGCUGCCCUUGUGAAAGCACAUGAUUGCCAAUUGCACCCUGAUUCGAUUGAGGUUUUUAUGUCUUUAUUAUUCGAUGAGGAUCUUGGCCGGGCCCAACGAGCGCCUGUAGAUAAGAGGAGCAGAAGUAAGAAAUUUAAAAAAAGAAAGAACCAAGAGGAGCAGCCAAAUCAGUUACUUAAUAAUGAUAAAAAGAAAGCUAGGAAAGAAAUGAUAUCACAAACACAAGAGGAGGUUGACGCUGAAUAUAAGGCUGCUUCAUUUGCUCAAGAUAUUGCAGAGCGCCGAAGAAUGCAGACCGAGACUCUUUCUGCUGUUUUUGAAAUUUAUUUUCGUAUAUUGAAGCAUACCUUUCAGACAAGAACAGACGCCACUUCAGGAUCCUAUGUUUCAUCAGGGGGACACCCACUUCUCGUUUCAUGUUUAAACGGAAUUGGGAAAUUUUCACAUCUUGUUGAUUUAGAUUUCAUGGCUGAUCUUAUGAGCUACCUUAGAAAACUUGCUCGUGGUAGUGGUGAUGGUAAUGGAUCUCCUGAGGAUUGUUCAGGAUGUUUGACUGUGUCUGAGCGCCUCCAGUGUUGCAUUGUUGCUUUUAAAGUGAUGAAGAGCAACCUCGAUGCCUUAAAUAUAGAUCUACAGGACUUCUUUGCACAACUUUACCAACUAAUACUAGAAUACAGGCCUGGGAGGGACAAAGGUGAAGUAUUAGCUGAAGCUCUGAAGGUAAUGCUAUGUGAUGACAGACAACAUGACAUGCAAAGGGCUGCAGCAUUUAUUAAACGUUUGGCAACGUUUUCAUUGUGUUUUGGUGCUGCAGAAUCAAUGGCUGCUCUGGUUACUCUGAAGCAUCUUCUCCAAAAGAAUGUUAAAUGCAGAAAUUUGUUGGAAAACGAUGCUGGAGGUGGUUCUGUUUCAGGUCCUGUUGCGAAUUAUCAUCCUUAUUCUUCAGACCCAAACCUUAGUGGUGCACUAGCUUCGGUACUUUGGGAACUUAACCUCCUUUCAAAACAUUAUCAUCCAUCUGUUUCCACUAUAGCCUUGAACAUAGCCAAUCUAACCAAUACAACUAAUCAAGUUUAUCAUGCCAAUGUCUCUCCUCAACAAGCAUUCGCCGAGUUAUCACUUGAGAAAGAGUCUUUUAAUGCGAACAUUGACAUAAAUAAAUCGGGUAACAAGAGGAAAAGAGUCAAUGUGCAACAGGCUGUACCUACUGUGGAUGAUGCUGAGAUAGCGAGUCGGACGGAUGAAGUUGAGGUUAGAAAGAAACUAUCAGAGCAUUUCUUCCUUCUUCGUGACAUAUCAGAGAAUGGAAGAUUAAAGAGCGAGCUAGAUCGUACCACAAAGUCAUUACAAUUGUAUCAACAGUACAAGAAGCAAAAGAAAAAGCAAAGGUAAACAAACAACAUCUCUCCAAAAUUUUUGUAACCUUAGGAUGCAUAACAAAUUAUUCAUUGAGCUGUAUUUGAAUGUUGCGACACCGCUUGUAUUAUUUGAAUAUACUUUUUUACAUAUUUUGGAGAUUUCUUUCAUGAA